AGCGCUAGGUUUCGUUUAACUUGAUUUGGAAAAGAAAGUGAAACUUAAGUGAGAUCCCUAGCACUGGUUCUACACUACUAACUAUUCAGAUAUCGUUCGGUUCAGAUAUCAUAAGAGAAGCCUUCAGAGACUUUGCAGUGCAGAACAUCAGACAGAAGAUGUUUUUGGAGGAACUUAAGAAACUGGAGUGCCACUUCACUUGGGACUUACAGAAGGAAGAUGCAGAUCUUAAUUACCUGGAGAUCAAAUUCACUGAGAGUCUGUCAGUCCAAAGUGAUCAUAAAGGGAAUUUCAGACAGAGAGAAUUAAAUUUUUGUGCCUACAUCCAUCACUUGCAGGGCUUCAGUGACAAGGCACGUGAGUGUUUGGAAAAAGCAAAGGAAGUGCAAAAUGAUGAUUCAUACAAUAUAGUCACGUAUGGAAAUUUAGCCUGGUUGCACCAUCACAUGGCUGAUGAUAACAUGGCCAGAGUGUAUUUGGAGAAAUUGGCACAAAUCUCAGGAGCAUUCCCUAGUCCCGCAGAAGAGUUGCACCGUGAGGUCUUGAGUGAAAAGGCGUGGUCUUUUCUACGUUUCUCCAAAAAGCACUAUAUCAAGGCAAAAGAGAUCUUUCAGGAGGUUCUAGAGAAAGAACCAGAAGACAAGGAGUGGAAUACUGGCUAUGCCUUUGCACUGUUUCACCUGGAGGGCUUGGAGAUCAGGGAGGACAAACGCAUACCUUUUGAAGAGUCUCCUGCAGUGAGUCAGCUAAAGAGAGCGCUAAAACUUGAUCCAGACAAUGCCAUGAUCCAUGUCUUCAUGGGCCUCAAGUGCAACAAGAACGAGAGAAAUUCAGAAGCAUGGGGGCACAUGAAGCAAGCGCUAGACAUGGCUCCAUAUGACCUGAGUGUUGUCCUGAGUGUUGCUAAAUUCAUGAAGAAGGAGCAGUGCUAUGACAUGGCACUGGGAGUGCUGAAAAAAAUGUUGGAGAAAGCGCCGGACUCCUCACGUUUACAUCAUGAAAUCGGCAAUAAUUACCGCUGGAAAGCCAUGCAGUUGAGAGACAUACACAACCCAAAGCUCCUAAGCCAUUGCAUAUACCAUUUAGAAGAGGGAGCCCGCCUGAAUCCAGAUUUCAUCUACCCACAGAUUGAGUUAGCACUCAGGUAUGCUGAAGUUGGGAACUACACAAAAGCAAAGCAAAAGUUCCAAGAGUUGUUUGCACGCCCAAACCUGCAGCUGGCCGAUCUCCAGGCUUGGCAUCGCAUCUAUGGAGACUUCAAUAUGUACCGUCUAGGCUCAGAGGCAACAGCAGUUAAGCAUUACAAAGAGGGCAUGGCACUGCAAAAAGUUUCCACUGAAUGGAGGAUCUGCAAAAACAGACUCCACAAAGUCCUUCACAAUACUAGAAAUGAUGUGUACCAGAUUCGAGAGUUCAUGAAAUCUUUAAGAGAAAAUAAUGAGCGUACGGAGAAUUAGAUUAGUAUUCGGUUGUCCAAAAAAAAAAAAGAGUAACUUGUUAUCAAAUCACAUUGAAUUUUCCUUAAUCAUGAUUAAUGUCAAGUAUAUUACUACAAGAGCACUGCUUACCAUAUGAUCUUAACUUGAUUUUCUUUUUAUCUGUUGCAAUGGGUGACAUUUUUUAAAAAUGGUUUUGUUAUGGUGUGGAGGAAUUUUGCUGCCAUGUUUUGUCCCUUUAGACAGAAGUGCCUUUACCCUAUGAUGAAACAUUUCUAUCCUGAUUGGAGUGCUCCCUUCUAGCAACAAAAUCACCAGAACUCACUGAAUGGAUUGAUGAGCAUGAUCAUCAAGUCUUCCUCAAUUACAUAUCAACCCAACUGAACACCUACUGUAUGGAGAUUUUAGACUGACACUCUCCACGACCAUCAUCAGAACACCAAAACACCUAUGCUGCCAAUCUUCUUUUGGAAGAAUGGUGUUCAUCCCUCCAGUACAGUUCUAGAUACUUGUAGAAUUGGUAUCUAGGUGUGUUGAAGCUGUUCUGGUGGCUCAUGGUGGUGUUAUUACAAUAAAAAUGCAUGCUAUGUUGGUUUUUCCUAUAUACAGUGGUGCUUGAAAGUUUCAGAACCCUUUAGAAUUUUCUACAUUUCUGCAUAAAUAUGACCUAAAACAUCAGAUUUUCACACAAGUCCUCAAAGUUGAUAAAGAGAACCCAGUUAAACAAAGGAGACAAAAAUAUUAUACUUGGUCAUUUAUAUAUUGAGGAAAAUGAUCCAGUAUUACAGUAUCUGUGAGUGGCAAAAGUAUGUGAACCUUUGCUUUCAGUAUCAGGUGUGACCCCUUUGUGUAGCAACAACUGCAACUAAACAUUUCCAGUAACUAUUGAUCAGUCCUGCACAUCGGCUUGGAGUAAUUUUAGCACAUUCUUCAGUACAGAGCAGCUUCGACUCUGGGAUGUUGGGUUUCCUCACAUGAACUACUUACUGCAGGUUCUUCCACAACAUUUCUAUUGGAUUAAGGUCAGGACUUUGACUUCGCCAUUCUGAAAUAUUAAUUUUAUUCUUCUUUAACCAUUUUUUGGUAGAACGACUUGUGUGCUUAGGGACAUUGUCUUGUUGCAUGACUCACUUUCUCUUGAGAUUCAGUUCAUAGACAGAUAUCCUGACAUUUUCCUUUAGAAUAUUUUCUGGUAUACUUUAGAAUUCGUUGUUCCAUCAACGAUGACAAGUCGUGCUGGCCCAGAUGCAACAAAACAGACCCAAACCAUGAUACUUGGAGUGAUCUUCGUUGGUUGUCCACUCCUAGAGAGGGUAACAAUGGUCUUGAAUUUCCUCCAUUUGUACACAAUCCGUCUGACUGUGGUUUGGUGGAAUCCAAACUCUUUAGAGAUUUUGUAACCUUUACCUACAUGAUGAGCAUCAACAACUCUUUUUCUGCGGCCCUCAGAAAUCUCCUUUGUUUAUGCCAUGCUACACUUCCACAAACAUGUGUUGUGAAGAUCAGACUCUUCUUUAAAUAAAACAGGGCACUCACACUCACCUGAUUGUCAUCCCAUUGAUUGAAAACACCUGACUCUAAUUUCACCUUCAAAUUAAACUGCUAAUCCUAGAGGUUCACAUACUUUUGCCACUCACAUAUAAGUAAUAUUUAUUUAUUGAUCAUUUUCCUCAAUAAAUAAAGGACCAAAUAUAACAUUUUGUGUCUCAUUUGUUUAAUUGGGUUCUCUUUGUCUAUUUUUAGGACCUCUGUGAAAAUCUGUUUUAGGUCAUAUUUAUGCAGAUAUAUAGAAAAUUCUAAAGGGUUUACAAGCUUUCAUGCACCACUGUAUGUACAUAUAUUGUUCUGUUUUCUCUUACAUAUUGCUCUAGUGCACAACUAUAGAUCUAAAGAUCUUUCUCUGACAAUGAGUCAGCAGAACAGCCUUUUUAUAAUUGAAGCUCAUUUUUUUCUUGCCACCAUGACCCAAAAUUGAAGUCAGCUGGGCUUCUCAGUAUUUUUAUAAAUACCACAGAGCAAAGGUGGAUGUAAACUGUGUUAAACUAUAUAACGGAAUACACCUGUCUGGAAAUAUUUGAACUCAUUUAAAAAUAAUUUUAUGUAGGUCUUGCCUUUCCUGUAUACAUAUUAACAGUAUUUGGGUUUUAGUUUAAUAUUAGAUUAUCUAAACUUUUGCACAGCAUUGUUAAAGGGAAAACCAUUUGGAAACCGCAAGUUAACUGAAGGAUCUGAAUAAACCGCACAUGAUUAUCCAAAUCCUUCAGUUAACUUGCUGCUAUGCUUGUGGGCGUGUGUGCGUGUGUGUCACUCAAUUUCACACGCUCUGACUGAUCAGCAUGAUUGAAACUGCAAAUCAGGCCAAUUAUUUUCUGCUGCUUAUACAAAUAAAGGAAAUGUUUAGAA